AUGGAGGCUCUUGAGACUGUUCGUUUCAAAAAUGUUGUUUCCCCUAGCACCAACUUAGAUAACCCUCAUGCACUUGAUGGUGACCUUAUUGAGGAGAUAGGCAAUGCAUGCAAGAAGUGGGGGUUUUUUCAAGUGAUCCAUCAUGGAGUCUCUCUUGAUAAGCGACAAAAGAUUGAGGAGAAAGGAAAGAGAAAUAAUGGAAGAGAUAAAAAGAAAAAGAAGAAGACAGAUUCAUGGGAACGAGAAGAGAACUAA